UUGAAAAGCGGGCUCAGCUGGUGAGAGGAGACCGGUCUGGGAGAGAAGGGAUUACUGGGGGCUGGUUUGUCCUCGGCUACAUUAAAGCAGGAGCUGCUGCAGCUGCACGUACAGACAUCAAAGCUUCUCCUCCGCCUCCUCCUCCUCUUCAUCCUCACUGCAGCUCUUCCUCCCAGCAGCUCCAUCACUGACUGGAGCAUUUUCUUCUUUUUUUUACGCAUCGGUGUCCAGACUUCGAUAAGGAAGAAUUUCAGCCAACCACGUGAAAUCUAAUCUGUGGCGUAAUUGUGUCUGCUUCCAGCCGAAACGCGUCGACAUGAUGCUCUGAGGAGAGGCGCAGGCUCCAGCGGUCGUGUUCAUCCUGAGGCUGCAGCGAACGGAGGGGGGAUUGCGGUAUAACAAGGUUAAUAAUCAGCAUCAGUAAAGGUCGUCUGCGAGAGCGGGAACAUCGCCCCUGUGCGGGGGGGAUCGGCGGUGAAAUCUCUUCUAGUUGCGAAAAAGAAAAUUAUGGCCACUCUGCUGCGGAAGAUCGGUCUGAUCCGUCUGCACGACCGAGACACGGAGGACCCCAAGCACCACCAGGGCUCGUUAAAGGGGAGCAAAGGGAACCAGAAAAACAACAAACACUGUCAGACCAACGACACCAACAUCCUGAGCACCCCUGAGAUUAAAGCCAGGAAGCUGGACCAGCACGCCAAGGAGAAGCCAUCAGGCAAAGACAAGCAGGGCAAGGAUGCUAAGGAGAAGCAGCAGACUGGGGGGGGCGGGAGCAAAGCCACCAGUGCCUCCUCAAUACCACCGCUGGCGCCUCACCGGCAACACUGCACCCAGGUCCGGACACGCAGGCUGAUGAAGGAGCUUCAGGAGAUCCGGAGGUUAGGGGACAACUUCAUCACGGUGGAGCUGGUGGAGGACAACCUGUUUGACUGGAAUGUCAAGCUGCACCAGGUGGACAAGGACUCGGCGCUGUGGCAGGACAUGAAGGAGACCAGCACCGAGUUCAUACUGCUUAACGUCUCCUUUCCCGAUAACUUUCCCUUCUCGCCGCCCUUCAUGCGCGUCCUAACGCCUCGCCUGGAGAACGGCUACGUGCUGGAUGGUGGGGCCAUAUGCAUGGAGCUGUUGACCCCCCGCGGAUGGUCCAGCGCCUACACGGUGGAGGCGGUCAUGAGGCAGUUUGCUGCCAGCCUCGUAAAAGGACAGGGCCGUAUCUGCAGGAAAGCAGGAAAGUCCAAGAAAGCCUUCAGCCGUAAAGAGGCUGAGGCCACCUUUAAGUCCUUGGUGAAGACCCAUGAAAAGUACGGUUGGGUGUCCCCGCCCGUGUCUGACGGCUGAGCGCCGGGCUGCUGUCUGAGCGAGCCAGACCAACGCUGCUAGCUCUGACACACUAAACUCAACAAUGUUCACCUUUGGCUGUUUCACACUGGAAUUUCUCUUUUUCUCCUUUUUAGCGCUCUUUUAUUUUUGCCUCCUCAUUCCUGAAAGAACUUUCCUCUGCGCAAAAAAAAAGAAAAAAAAAAGAUUUGUCGAUGACUUCAUGGAGUAUUUCACCUGUUUUGGGAACAAGGGACAACUCUGUGUGUGAGUGUGUGUGUGUGACAUCAUCACCUGUGUGGUUGGACACUGAAACUCUACAUGACACUGAAGAAGACUCUGCUGUCUGUCCUUCAUCACUGAGCUGAGUCCCAUGGUGUUGUUUGCAUAUAAAUGAAGCCGUUCCUGUUUAAUAUAUGAGCAGAGCAGUGGCAUUUACACCUGCUGACACUCCCUCCUCCCCGCCUGAUGGACCGUCCCAUGGCCCUCAGUUCAUUGCAACUUAAGAUUGUAAAUCACAUGGAGCUCUCACUUCUUCUUUUGUGGUUAAAUUCCGAUGAAAGAUGGUUUAGAUUUGUAAUGGAGGACACCAGUUUCACGCUCUUCUUCUGCUUUGUCCGUGUGUUUGGGUGUGCCGGAGCAGAAGAAGACUUGAAUUCCCACAAUGCAGCUGGUAAACUGAAGGCUUUGUGUGAAUUUGAGGGAAGAAACUGCAAAAUGAGCCUUUUUGAGAGGCACUGGGAUUGCUGAACUUCUUGCUCACUGUGCUGCUCGUUUGCUUGAAAUGUUUGGCUGGGAGCUGAAGGCGCACACAGGCAGAACCCGCCUCCAAAGUCGCACCUUGCUAGGCUAGGCGGUUGCAAAAUGGCCGUGGACAGAUAUUCAGUUCUGUUGUGUGGAGCUCCACCCUUUAAAAGCACUUCAUGAAUGUCUCCCCCGAACCACGCUGCAGCACCGGCCUCCCGGUCAGACCGUCCCGGUGGUCCAGUGGGGUUUUUGUUUCUCCAUCUGCCACUUAAAUGUCAGAGGCAGAGCUGCUAAUUGGUUUGACAUUUCCACAGAGCUUCAUUAGAAAAGAGCAGCAAGAGCAGGAUGUAACUCUUCCUCGACAAACCUAUUUUUAGGACGGAGGGGGCUCCUCUAUGCUGCUAGAGUGCUGUGUUAGACUCCCUUCAUAAAGAAGUGACAGCAUCUGGUGUGUGAUCAUGUCCUCUUUUCCAGGGUUAAUGUUGUCGUGAUCUUUCAGCUUCAGCAGAGAAACCGUAAAGUCUAUAACUCUAAAGACAAAAGAUCCGCCACUGCGAGUUCGCCGGCUUCCAGAGAAUCACUUUGUGAUAUAGGUUAGACUGGUAGUUUGCAGACACUAACUGGUUGAACUGAUUACGCUGUAUUAUAUCUGCAUGUGAUACGUGAUUGGUAGCUAGCUACUGUAUAUCUUUUUCGGUUUCUUUUUUUUAAAGAAAAGCAAGGGAAAAAGAAAAAUGCAAGUUCUUUUUUUUUAUUUUAGCACCUUUUUUGCGUUUGGUACUGUACAAACUUUCCUUUCUCUGCGUCCUAAAAAAUGUCACAUUGUGUUCAAUGAAUGUUUGUGUUUUAAUUUAUUUGUGGUUUGCCAAAACGAUGAUUUUUGAAGCAUGUUGCAGGUGUUGUCCUGACGAACAGGAAGAAACAAAAGAGCGAUAGCCUGUACAUUUGUGUGAAGGGACGAGGUGUGUUUAUUUUCGGGGGGGUUCAGGGGUUGGAUUGCCUGAAGACGAUAAAGAAGGUGUUUCCUCUCUCUGUGAUGUCACCAUCACCCCUUCCCCAUUGGUCCACACACUGAUCCGCAGCCUCAGUCUCAGAUUUGGGAUCAGUUUGGCCUCCCCGAGCUUCAGACUCAUCAAAGGAAGCUGACCCCAGGUCAGUUAGCGUGGAGAACACCAUCCUAGUCCGGACUUGAAGGUUUUGUCUGGCCCGAGGUCUUAAAAGGUGAAAGGUCAUCGUUGAGACCAAACAGGAAUGUGCAAUAAAAGUUACAGCUUAUUAAAACUGC